UUAACAUGACUGCCGUUUAUUUCGCGCGUGUUCCGCGUGUUUAAGCACGGUUACAUAACCUCAACGAAAAAAAGGAAAAAAUACAAAUUGAUUUAAUUUCAAACGUGCGACACGUUCUUGAGAGACAGGGGAGAUUACGAAAAUCGAAUCUUGCUGAAUUUUCUAUCGCGAUGUCACAAUAUCCGCCUAUUGAAGUUCGUCUAGCGGUAAACAGAGUGGAUUUUAACUUAAUAACAAACGAGGGCAUCCAACCGCGACUCUACACACCCGGCGAGGAGAUAUCCAGUCAACCGGAUUUCCUCAGAGGUCACGGAACUUACGUUGAUGAGGAGAAGACGUUGCGCGCUUCGGUCGCUGGAGUUCUGGAGAAGGUAAACAAACUUAUAUCCAUCAGGCCACUGAAAGCGCGCUAUAAUGGCGAGAUCGGGGAUCUCAUCGUGGGUAGAAUAACAGAGGUGCAACAAAAACGUUGGAAGGUCGAUGUAAAUUCCAAGCUCGAUGCUGUUCUGCUGUUAUCCAGCGUUAAUCUACCUGGUGGUGAAUUGAGAAGAAGAUCUGCAGAAGAUGAACAGACAAUGCGUAGGUACCUACAGGAAGGAGAUUUAAUUUGCGCAGAGGUGCAGUCAAUUUUUGCUGAUAGUUCCCUCUCCUUGCACACGCGAGUGUUGAAAUAUGGCAAACUAUCACAGGGAAUAAUGCUGAAAGUACCACCGAUGCUCAUUCAACGCAAGAAAACGCAUUAUCAUAAUCUGGAAAAUGGUGCGACUCUAAUACUCGGUUACAAUGGCUAUGUAUGGAUCGGCGCGAACAUUCAGAAUGUCGAUAAAUCCGAGGGCGGCUUCACCGAGGAUCUGUCGAGAAUCCCGCUGGAAAAUCGUGAGAGCCUGGAAACAAGUAGUCAGCAAGUAGAGCUGAGAGACAUGGACGCAUGUUUCAAUGCCUUCGAUAAAGACGGCGACGGAUUGCUAUCCAUCUCAGAGUUCGAUCUCAUAUGCCGCGCGUUAUUUCGAAAUGAUCGCGGAAAGAUCUAUGGCCUCGAGGAAGAGCAGCUGCGCGAGGUGUACUCGAUAUUUGAUUUCAAAGACGACGGCAUGAUCGAUAAGGAAGAAUUCGAGGUUUGCUGGAAUCGAUGGAUCAAAGUAUGCACGCGCCCCAAGAGCGCUUUUUUAAUCGUAGACGUACAAAAUGACUUUAUAACGGGUUCUCUAAAUAUAAAGCAUUGCGCUGCACAGCAUGACGGAUCGGAAGUGAUCGAACCGAUUAAUCGAUUGCUAGAAACCGUGCCAUUCGACGCGGUAUUUUACUCUCUGGACUGGCAUCCCGUGGAUCACGUGUCUUUUAUCGAUAAUUUGCACCUCAGGGAAGUGGAUAUCAGCAGCAAUAUCUCGAAGGAAGCAGCGCGGGUGUACGACACGGUGACAUUUCAGGGGCCGCCGUUAUUAAAGCAACGUUUGUGGCCGCGUCAUUGCGUGCAGGACUCGUGGGGCGCCGAGCUUCACAAGGACUUGAAGAUUGUCAACAAUGCGAUCAAGAUCUACAAGGGCACUAACCCAGAAGUGGAUUCGUAUUCAGUAUUUUGGGACAAUAAGAAGCUAACCGAGACCACACUGUCAUCGCAACUGCAAGAAAAGGGCGCGACUGACAUUUACAUCUGUGGGCUUGCCUAUGACGUAUGCGUGGGUGCUACAGCAGUUGAUGCGCUUACCAGUGGUUACCGCACUAUACUUAUCGAUGAUUGUAGUCGCGGCGUAGAUCUCGUCGACAUCGAGAAAACCAAAGCCACAGUGAUAGCCAGCAAUGGCGUAAUAGUGAAUUCCAGCCAAGUGAAGGCGAUGAUGGAGGGAAGAGAUCGACGACCAGAACUAGGCUACAAGCUCGCUCUGGAAAUUAAGCAUAAAUUGAGAUUCGAUGAUGAAUAAUUCUAGAGUAAAUAGUUCUAUAAAUCUAAAAGCUUUACAUUGGUAGACACUAAUAUAAAAAAUCAUAGAUACAUCUUAUUUCAAAAUAUA